AUGAUGGCAUCUCCUCAGGAAGAGCAGCCUUACCCCUUUGUAGAUUUAUGUGAUGAAGAUGAAGCUGACAAAGCGUUUCUUAUGUCUAAGCCUACCUGCUUCCUCAUCCUUGGAAAACCAGGAGUUGGGAAGAAAAAGCUAGCUACAAAAUUGGCACAGAUUUGGAAAUGCACACUCAUAGAUGUUUUGGAGCUUAUAGAUGAGAACAUAUCAGCAAGCACAGCAUAUGGACUCGAGAGUAAGGAUUUGCUUAAUCAAGGUCAAAGUGUUCCUGAAGAAUUGAUUGUAAAGAUGCUUCUGAACAAAAUUGAAACACCAGAGGUUAUUCACUUUGGCUAUGUUCUCUGUGAUUUUCCUUCUCUUUCUGAGGAAUACAUGACUAUAACAGAACAGAUAGAAAUAAUUAGAAAUUUAAAAUUAAAACCAGAUUUCUUGAUUAAUAUUAAGUGUCCUGACUAUGAUUUGUGCCAAAGACUCUCUGGACAAAGACAGCUUCAUUCAACAGGGCAAAUAUUUCAAAGAUAUGAAUGGGAUCCUGAUAUUAUUGAAAAACGAAGGAAAAAGAAGAAGGAUCCAAAUAAAGCUGGGGAAGAAGAGGAGGAAGCAGAAGAAGAGGAGGAGGAAGAGGAGAUAGCUGAGGCAGCAGCAGAUCAGUAUAUGCUGGCAGAAAUUUUACCUCAUUUAGUUCAGAGACCAGAAGAUUUUUUAGAAAAUGUACAAAUGAGAAUUGAGGUCUACAGGGAUACUGUGCUACAUCUUUUAGAGGAAUUAAUGGCUGAGCAGGAUUCCCAGUAUCUUAUUGAACUUGAUGGGAAUAAAUCUCCAGAUGAACUCUUUACAGCAGUAAUAGCCCAUCUUCAAUCCAUGGGCCUGAGAAAUGGAGCUAUUCUAACCAGACUUCAAAGUGCAGAAGAAGAAAUGAUGGAAGGACUAGAAAAUGAUGAAAUUUUUCGGGCUCUCGCAUCUUGCAAACUUGUAGCCCCCAGAUACAGAUGGCGGCGCAGCAGGUGGGGACGAGCGUGUCCUGUGGCUUUAAAAGACGGUAAAUUUGUUAUGGGAUCACCAGACCUCGCAGUCAGUUUCUUAGGUAAGAUGUACAUGCUUUCAUCCGAGGAAGCCCUGAAAGCAUUCAUGUUGAAUCCUCGUCCCUACCUGCUACCACCUAUGCCACUUCCACCUUGUAAAGUGCUAGUCAUUGGACCUCCACUUUCUGGGAGGUCAACCCUGUGUGAGGCAAUUGCAAACCACUAUACAGGAAAGGUUCUUGAUAUGGAUGUUCUGCUUAAGGUGCAUAUGGAAGAAGCAAGGUUAGAACUCUUAGAGCAGACUCGUGCAGAAGCAACAGCAGCAGGCAUUGCCAAAGUGAAAGAAAAAAUAGAUAUGGAACGAAUGUUCAGGGAGCAAGUUGCACUAGGGAAUCAAGAGGCAUCUAGUGAUAAAGAGUUAGAGGACUUUGAAGAAAGUUUCCAUGUUGAGGAAAGAAGUUCAUCAGAACAAAUGAGUGCUGUCCCAUCUAGAGUUCAAAGAACUGGUAUAGUAACUUGCACCACGGAAAGUACUAUAAGAGAAGAGACAUCUACAGAGUUGUCCACAUCCCAGAUGGAAGAGCCAACUGACUCAUCAUUGCGAACAUUAGAUUCGGACAUAACUUCUGAUCACCCAGAGGUCCAAGAUAUGGUAGAAAAAGCAAUUCAAGCUGCACUGCAGUCGCCCAUAUUAUUGCCACCGGAAAUAUAUGUUACUGUAUUACAAGAAGCCAUUACAGAGCUUGCUAAAACAAAUAAGGAGAGGUUUUUCGGUGCUCCAUCGAAAGGAGGAUGGAUAGUGGAUAAUUAUCCUCCAUCAGCAGAGUACUGGGCAGCUUUGACAGAAAAAGAACUUCUACCGGAUGUUGUAAUUUGUUUGAAGAACAAUGAACAAAAUGGAAAGUAUUUACUGAAUAGACUGUAUAUGGCAAAUAAGGACCAAGUUGAUGCUGAGAUUCUAAAAAGACUAACAGACGAAGCUUUAAAGCGGAAACAGGAGGAAGAAGAAACAAGGAAAGAAUUGCAGGAAAUGUUGAAAUUAGAAGCUGCUGAAUCUGUUGGUGAAAGAGAUGUACCCACAGGAUCUCUUGAGGAACUGAAUGUGCUUGAACAAGACCAAAUUGAACAAUCUCUUGAUUCUGCUGCAUCUGAAGGGAAAGCAAAAUCUAAAGAAUCAUUAACAUCUCAGCAUCGGGUGUCUUUACGACCUGAAAGUUCUACAGAGCAGUCUCAAAUUGAGCCAGAAUCUAAAGAAUACUCUGAAAGUGAUGGAAUAACUGAGAUGCACUCAUCUGAACGACUGCAGGAAGUGAAAGAUAUUGUCACUGAGCUAGGAAUCGAGCUUCCUGAAUUUCCUGAGGAUGGUUUCCCAGAUGUGCCAGAAAUGGAGCCGCUUAAAAACAAGAUCAGCUUUUUCAUGAAUCUUUGGCAAAAAUUUGAGCUGGUGAUCUCAGAGGCGCCUUUAGUUCAGGUAGCUGAUAUUGAAAUUGAAGGACAGACUCCAAAGAUGCUGCUCGAGCUGUGUGAUCGGGCCAUGAAGAGAUCUCUUAAAUAUCAUGGCUGGGAAAUAACUCAAGAAGAUGAAGAUGAAGAACAAGAAGAUUUGCAGGCUGAAGCAGAAGCCCUGGCAGAGGAGGAAGAGGAAGAAGAAGAGGAAGAUGAUGCUGAAGAUGAAGAAGAGGAAGAAGAUGAAGAAAAAGUCACUGAGAGGAAGAGGCACAUGGGAGACACAAAACACUUUUGUCCAGUGAUUCUAAAGGAAAACUUUAUUCUUUACCCAGGAAGUUAUGAGAAUGGAGCCAAGUAUCGAGACAACUAUUGGUAUUUUUCAACUUCAGAAAACAGAGACAAAUUUCUGGAAUAUCCUGAAAUUUACAUCUCUCACAACAAGCCAUUAAAAGUCCCCCCUCUUAGGGUAUGUCUCUUAGGUUCGCAUGGAGCAGGUAAAACUGUCUGUGCCCGGUGGUUAGCAAAUAAACUAGGAAUGUUCCACAUUCAGUUUGAAGAACGCUUACAGGAAUUGAUCAUGCUGAAAACCGGGGUCAGAGUAGGACCAGAAACCGAAGAAGAAGAUGAGGAAGAGGCUGUUGCAAUGCAAGAAAUGGGGGGAUCCCCUACACCUCUUCAUGAAAGUACUGAAACUGAAAUGGAGAACGACGAAGAAAAACGAUCUCCAGAGCAGAAAGAACUGCAAUUAACAGAUGAAGAAGAGGCAAUCAAGGCAAACUUGGUAGAAAAUGAACCCCUGCCCCCAGAGGUGCUUGACAACAUUGUUCCUGAAUGGUGGACCAAGGAACCCUUCAGAUCUACAGGAUUUAUAUUGGAUGGUUUUCCUCGAACUGUAGAUGAAGCCACUUAUUUAGCAGAACGUGGGCUUUGUCCAGACCUUGUAGUCUGUCUUGAAGUUGAAGAAGAUGAUGUUUCUGAUCGAAUUCUUCCCACACUUUUGCAAAAAUGGCAAGAGAAACAAAACCAAAAAAAGGAAAAGAAGCAGAAGAUAAAAGAUCUGAAAGCACAAAUGAGAGAAGGCCAAAUUAUGAAAAGGAGGGCAGAACUUCUAGCAGUGCAAGCAAAAAAGAAACAGAAUGCUCCAGCAAGACCUGAAGGUGAGGGUGACGAUGAGGAUGAUGAAGAAGAAGAUGAUGAUAUUGAAGCCGUUUUGGAAGAAGAGUUUCCAAAAGAAGAGGAUGAAGUGGAAGAUGAGGAUGAGGAGCAGGAGUCUGAAGCGAUUGAACGCUUGAAAACAGAAAUUGCAGAGAAGUUUGAAACAGAUUUGAGUAAUAUGCAAGCAGUACAGGAAGAACUUGAAAAAAUACUGAUACCUCAAGUAACAAUAGGAAGUAAGCGAAAACCCCGCAUUGUGUGUUACCAGCUGUAUAAAAAGCUAAAGGACCUGGUGGAAAACCGUGAAAGCCUUUUUGAGAAAUGUUAUCCAAUAAGUGUAUCACUUGCACACAAAAUGAUAGCCCUGUCUUAUAAACAUCCAAGCAAUUUUGGGGAAUGGGACCCAAUCAAGCUAAGUGAAGGAGAGGCAAUCAAGGCUUAUCAAAGUCCUGACACUCCAACCUUUCCAGUUAUCCAUCGAAACCAUAUUUAUUUUUUUGCAAGCAAAGAAAAUAGAGACAAGUUUAUGAAAAAUCCUAUCAAAUAUAUUCGUCAGCCCAAACCUAAACCUACCGUGCCAGUCAAGAUUGCAAUAGUGGGGCCUCCAAAAUCUGGAAAGACAACGGUUGCCAAAAAAUUUGUGAGCGUAUAUGGAUUAAUGCGGCUUUCCAUGGGAGAUGCCAUACGUAUGAUUUUAAAUGAUCAGCCGGACACUGAAUUAGCACUUAUGCUGAAGUGGCACCUUCAAAAAGGGUUGACUGCACCUGAUGAACUUGCCAUCCAGGCUCUAGACACUGCAUUGAUGGGCACCGUGUGCAACACUGCAGGAGUUGUUAUUGAUGGGUACCCUGUAACAAGAAAACAAGUAAACCUCUUAGAACAUAUGAAAAUAAUUCCAGUUAAAAUCUUUGAGAUGCAAAUUGAUGCACAAGAAGUUUUCAGAAGAGCGCUUCUGGAUAAACAAAGUUCUGACAGACCUCCUUAUCCACUACAUAACAGCUCUCAGAUUCUUUCUAUCAAGAAUUCAUGUUACAGAACACAAGUUGAAGAAAUCCGGGCUUUCUAUGAAGAGCAACACCAGAACUGGUAUGUGGUUGAUGCAUUCCACAGCAAGUGGUGGAACUGGAACAAAUUACUUGAGGAAACGCAGAAGAUCACUAAACAAAUCCAGAUAUAUCUUGAAAGAAUAAGGCAAGGGAAAGCAGCAAGUAUUGCCGAUUUGUGUAUCACACCACAAGAACUGCUCUCUCGGCUUGGAGAGUUUGGACAAUACUGUCCAGUCAGCCUUGCAGAAAAGGGAGAGCUUAUUGAUUGUUCUGUAACUCCUUCUCUGCGGUUUGCAGCAGAGUUUCGGGGGCAUUACUACAAAAUGGCUGGACAGGAAGAGUUGGACAAAUUCCUGAAUACACCAGAAUUAUACGUGCCCCCAUUAGCACCUCAUCCUCUUCCUCUCCCAAGUAAGCUACCGCAGAAACUGACCGCAGCAGAUGUGAAGGCCUUAUUCCCCAUGCAAGCUGAACUGCAAGGAUACUGUCCAGUUACUUAUCUAGAUGGGAAACAAAGGUAUGAAGCACUGGUACCUGGUAACAUUGAAUAUGCUGUUCUGUAUCGCAAAAAGCUAUAUAUUUUUGAAAGUGAAGAAAAACUUCAGAAGUUUAUGAGGCUACCAGAAAAAUACUGGAAGCAGAAACUGCCGCAUAAACUUCCUCCCAAAAAUGAGCCAGUGUUGCUGACAGCUCUUCCCUUAACAGGAUAUCUUGAACAGGGGGUAGCAACUGCUAUAAUAAAAGCAAUGAAUGAAGUAGGCUGUUUAAAGCCGAAAUUCCCAUUCCUAAGUGUGAAAAAAACUGCACUCCUGUUCAUAGCCUAUCAUUUGAAAGCAUUUAAUCCCAGAAGCUCUGACUAUGUGCGAAAGAAGUACAAGAGGAAGUUGGACCGGUUCAUAGAGAACUGUGAACUUAUCCCAUACUUGGGAACCAAAAUGACAAAGAAAUAUAAAGAGCCUCCAAAUAGACCAAUUGAUUUGGAUCACAAAUUACAGACCUUUCUGUCUCUCAAAGGUGUGGACCCAGCUUCUCUUUAGUUUGGAACA